CAGCUCUGCGCACCUUGCACCUCCGACCAAAUCUUGAACUUAUUACAAAUACCCUCUCUCGUCGCCGGAAGACCCUGACCCUGAGAAAUAUCGCAAACCUACUUCGCAAAAUGGCGAAAACAACUUCUUUUGCGACGUUCCUAAUCAUCGGCCCAACCUGUUUCUUCCUUGGCAUCCUCUUCUCCUCCUUUCCUUACGACUAUAAUGUCCUCUGGACCACACCCUCAGACCGAGAUGCUUACUUCAGGAUCCUGGAAGACCACAUCAAAUUCCUCUACGCAUCUCCCCCGAUCAUCUCGCGCAUCCUGCACAUUGCAAUCGGCACCGGGCUGAUCGGCUUUAUCACGAAGUUGUACAAACCCUCGGAAGCAAAUAUGCUAUUUGAUGGCGCGAGCCUCGUGCUCUACAUGGCGGGUGUCACCGUGUAUAUCACGAACAUCGUGAAGGGAUUCAAGGUUGUGACGGCGGGCAUCUACGGGAAUGUGGAACCGAUGGAGGGCGAUGAGGUCUCUCCGGAUGAUUAUAUUAGCAGAGAGGAUACGCUGAGAGUGUUUGCAGCCAGCAAUACAAUCCUAGCGUUGGUGUUGGUCGGCGUGCUGGUGCUGCAGGCGGGGCAGUGGUAUGCGCUCAGGAAAGAGGAGGCCGAGAUCGUUGAGAUGGAUCGCCUCGCCGAGGAGAAAAAGAAGGCGGGGAAGAAGAAGCAGUGAGGAGCGAGGCG